AUGGCGACAGACACCAAGACGGCCAUUGUGCCCCCUAAGCGGGCCAGCACUGAUUACCCAUUGAUCGAUUCCGACCCGCAUUUGAAACGGGUGUUCGGAUAUGCCCGGCCUUCCGACUACGCCAUGGCUGGUGGAAUGGCCUCAGUUUCUCCCAUUGCCUUCUGGGUCAUGGAGAGAACCAGCCCGUCGCAUGUGGGCCGCGGUGGCUUUGCGCCCGUUAUGCGUCUCGCUACAGCUGUCGGUCUGAUCGGUGGUCUCCAUGUGCUCUACCAGCGCUCCUGCAGUAUGUCAACCUAUAUUCCCGGAUGCUUUCGCGAGGUUUUUAAUGUCGCCGCUUACACCUUCGCAGGACGUUUCUACGGCUUCACUGAGAACUCGAGGGAGGUUGAGAUGGACACUCGCGAGAUGGUCGACAAGGUCAAGAAGGGCGAGCCUUUGUACGGCGCUUCCAAGGUGUCAUCCUACCUACAAGGUGUCGCAGCCCGGAACUCGCGCUACUCGGAACUCUUUAUCCAUAUCCUCCCAUGGAUCAAUGUUGUCAACCAUGACCAGCAUGGUGUCGACACAGCCAAGUACUACCAGCAGGCUGAGCGGGAAUUGGAGGCAGAGCGGACUGGCUCCUCAUGA